CACCUUGAAUGUUGACCAAUCAAAAGAUCUUGUACUAUCGAAUAAUCAAAUCAAUUCAUCCAUGAACCAUGAAACCGAAUCAUUCUGAAAUAACGUCAAACUGUUAUUCCCAAAAUAUUAACUUGUUUUGGAGUUUGUUCGAGAUAUGUUGAAUAUCUUUUCGUGUUAUCGUUCUUAUACUUAGAACUUUUGGUGAAAAUGAAGAAGACUCAGUGUGCCUAUUGAUUAGAGGCGAAGUGUGCAAUAGUGAUCGUGUUGUCUACAGUUUUUGUUUUGGAGGGCCAGCAGCAGGUCAAGAUCAGGGUGGUCCAUGGAUCACAGAGCGAUGGCGGAUGGAGCUGGCCCGUCCUCCUCGCACGCAGAGAUGGGUCCGGAGGCGGCUCGCGGCGCGGACCCGUCGCCGCAGCGGUCGCCGUCGCCGCCGCCGCCGCGCCUGCCCGCCGCCGACACCUCCUAUCUGCAACACCAGAUCAUGCAGAACCAGAGCCCCAGAAAGAACCACAUAGCGGAGAGGGCGAAACAAACUCUAGAAAAUAAUUUCCUGCUGCAAGUAAGUCUCCGCAAGCAGCAGCAGCUGCAGCAGGAGAUCCUGCUGCAGCACUUCGAGCAGCAGCGGCAGCAGCUGGCAGAGCAGCACGAGCAGCAGCUGCGCCACCACUUGAAGGUAAAUCUGUGGGAGCAACAGAAGGCUCUAGAAGAGGCGGCUCUGCGAGAGGCGCGUGAGGCGCGGGAGGCUCGCGAGGCGCGGGAGAGGCACGAGCGCGACCGCCUGGACCUGCUGCGCAAGAAGGAGCGCCCCGAGCACUGCGCUAAUGCGUCCACGCAGGUCAAGCAGAAGCUGCAGGAAUUUCUGAAGAAAAAGCAAGCUGCCGCGAAUGCCAACGGAACAGUGCCCGGGUCUCCCUACAGAAAUUGGGGCAUAGUGAAGUCAUCAUCAGGGGAAUCCAUCACGUCGGCGGGCGCGGCGUCGCACCCGUACCGCCUGCCGCCGCCCCCGCCCCUCGCGCACACCCCGCAGCCCGGCAGCGACUUCCCACUCAGGAAGACCGCGUCCGAGCCCAACAUGCUGAAGCUGCGGCUGAAGCAGCGCGUGAUCGAGCGCCGCGCCGGCCCGCUCGCGCGCCGCCCGCACAAGAACCGCCCCAAGCACCGCAACUGCAGCGACGGCAGCUCGCCGCGCGGCUCGCCCACGUCCUGCGCCGCGCCCAUCCGCGAGGAGGACGAGCGCGCCCCCGACCAGCUGUUCUCCUCGCCCUCGCUGCCCAACAUCUCCCUCGCGCCCAAGCAGGUACCCACCUCCCUCCCGCCCGUAUCCGAGGCGGAGGCCUACACAGUGUCGGCGGCGGCGGGCGCGCCCCCCCGCCCCCCGCGCCGCCCCCUCGGCCGCACGCACUCCGCACCCCUGCCGCUCGGAGACCCCGCGCUCAACAAGCCCCCGCAUCAUUAUUUGAGGGACCAGAUACGGAAGACUGUGUUAACCCGAGCGGCGGACGCAGCGGCGGCGUGCCUGCGCUCCGAGGAGCCCUCGGUCAUCGACCUCACGGCUCGGCCGCCCCCGCCCGCGCCCCCCGCGCCCGCCCCCGCCCCCGCGCCCGCCGCCGCGCCGCUCGCCCGCGCCCUGUCUUCACCGCUGGUGGGCGCGCGCCCCGCGUUGCCGCCCACGGGGCUGGCGUACGACGCGCUCAUGUUGAAACAUGGUUGUGCGUGCGGCGCGCACCACCCCACGCACCCGGAACACAGCGGGCGCCUGCAGUCCAUCUGGGCGCGCCUGUGCGAGACCGGCCUGGCGCAGCGAGCUGAGAGGACUAGGCCUAGGAAGGCCAGUUUGGAGGAGCUGCAGUCAGUACAUACGGAAGCCCACGUCCUCGUCUUCGGCGGGCGCGCCCGCGACGCCCGCGUCCCCGCGUCAGCCCGGGCACUAGUCCGGCUCGCCUGCGGGGGGCUGGGCGUGGACGCCGACACGCCCUGGCUGGACCAGCACACGCCCGCCGCCUCGAGGCUGGCCGCGGGGGCCGUGCUGGACCUGGCGAUUAGGACGGCUAAGGGAGAGCUGAGGAAUGGGUUCGCGGUGGUCCGCCCGCCGGGGCACCACGCGGAGCCGGCGCAGGCGAUGGGCUUCUGCUUCUUCAACUCGGUGGGCGUGGCGGCGCGCCUGCUGCACACGCGCCUGCGCCUGCAGCGCGUGCUCAUCGUGGACUGGGACGUGCACCACGGCAACGGCACCCAACAGAUCUUCUACUCGGACCCGCACGUGCUCUACAUCUCCCUGCACCGGCACGACGACGGGAACUUCUUCCCGGGCACGGGCGCCGCCGCCGAGUGUGGCGCCGGGCCGGGGCUCGGGUUCAAUGUCAAUAUAGCCUGGUCCGGGGGGCUGAAUCCGCCGCUUGGUGACGCGGAUUACUUGGCGGCUUUCCGGUCGAUUGUUAUGCCUAUUGCUAAGGAGUACGACCCGGAGCUGGUGCUUGUGUCGUGCGGGUUCGACGCGGCGGGGGGACACCCCGCCCCCCUCGGCGGGUACGAGCUGUCCCCCGCCUGCUUCGCGCACAUGACCAAUGACCUCAUGACCUUGGCUAAUGGGAAGGUGGUGCUAACCCUAGAAGGCGGCUACGACCUGCCGUCCGUCUGCGACUGCGCGGCGGCCGUGUGCCGCGUGCUGCUGGGCGACCGGCCGCCGCCGCUGCCGCUGGCGGAGCUGGCGCGCCGCCCCGCGCCCGCCGCCCAGCACGCGCUGCUCACCACGCUGGCCGCGCACCACACGCACUGGCCCAAGCUAAAACGCUACAGCGGUCUAAUCGGCAUAUCCGCCCUGGAAGCCGCCCCGUCGCUGGCGGCGGAGCGGCUGGGCUCGCUGCAGACAGAGCGGCUGGCGGCGGACACGGCGGCGGCCAUGGCCUCGCUGUCCAUGCUGCCCGGGGCGGGCGGCGUGGGCGGCAGCGUCGUCACCGGCGCCGUGGGCGCGCCGCCCGCCGCCGUCAGCGCGCUGCCGCCGCCCCCGCCUAUUGGAGCUACGUCGCCAGACAGCUCGCGCUCGGUGUCGGAGGAGCCGAUGGAGCAGGACGAGGGCAAGUGAGCGGCGCGCGCGCCGGCCCGACCGCCCCCGCCCGCCCCGCCCCGCCCGCCCCCGCGGCGAGACACUCGAUACAUUCCCCACUGCUAGUGGCUCUACUGUAAAUUACUGUACAUUAUGUUCAUUUUGAAUCGAAUGGAGGCAAGCCCUCCACUGUUAGGUACCUCGAAUCUUUGUUCGUUUAUUUUUGUUACGUCGUGUUCGGUGGCUGUAUGUCUGUUUGUUUGUUGUAUAGACAAUGUUGUUGUUGUAAAAGAUUUUACUCGUAAAGUUGUUCGAACGUGCAGGUUAUUUAUUAAGGAUGUUUAUGUACUGCGAGGUGGUUGCAGAUGUAGAGUUAAGCGGGAAGUUUUAUGUAUAUUGUGGAAGGCGAAGGGGGGGAGGUGCAACUGGACAACGCAAGAAGUGACCUUGCUCUCAGCUUUACUCCGUGGCUGAGGCUGUUUUUCGUCAUUUUGACACUUUUAAGUUGGAGUUUUCGCGGCCGUUUGUGGCCGCGUGUCCCCCCGCCCCGGGGUAGCGGGGAGCGGGGGGAGCUGGGCGCGGACAUUCCACAGUGACAGCCUGUCUGUAGCCGGUUGCUAGGCAACCUUUACACUUCACAUAUUGUAUUCUCCGAGACUUUUCUAGCGCCAACUUUUCGUGCAAAAUUUGCGAUUUUAAAUAGUAUAUCUGUUUUGAGGCUGCGAAAGACUUCGCCGCAGGGACUGUGCAAUUAUUCCGACUCUUAUGGCUAAAGGCAUAGAGACUAUGAAGCAUCGUCUCAUCGGUUCUUUACUUAUGAAGUAUACGGAGCGUGUUGCGGUGAGAGAUAUUUUAUAUUAAACUAAUGAAGCUAGUGAAUACGCGAACGAAAUGUGUCCUGCCAAAUACCUGUUUAUUCUCUAGUAGCGGAUAAUAAUAUACUGGGUGUAUAUUUCAUAAAUAUGUCUGUUGAACAUUUAAUUCAUAAUGAAUUUAGUAAAGAAUAGCGAAUUCUAUGUGUAGGACGUUAAUUAAGACAAUCUUAUUUUGAAAGCUUUAACGUAGAUUGAAUAUAUACGAUAAACUGUACAAAAUAUAUAAUAAUAUUUAAUAUAUUUGGAUAAAAAAUGUUUUACUUUACUUAAAUACUUUAUGGAAGCUGAUUAUAAUGUAUCUCAUAGAUUAAACAGUGGGCGCUGUCGCCUCUCUAUUCAAUGUUGUGUUGACAAAAUGUUAGGAAAAUAAAUAAAUAUGUUUAGAAGAAUAGUAAAUAUAUAUAUUAUAUGUCUGUUAUUGACCGUCUGUGUACCAAAGAUUAUAUUUCUUCACGUUGCAAGUACCUUUGUCUGUCGUUUCAAUCAAGUUUUAAUUGUAACAAGAAUAUUUUCUAGAUAGACGAACAUUUUAUAUGACUCUAUAGUAGAAUAUUUUAUAUGAACAAGUCGUUAUUUGUACGACGACCGCUUGUAGGUCUCUCGGCGAGAAUUUUAUGUAACUCGCCGGUUCUUAUCCGACAAAUACACUUUUCGUACGAUGUCUUUGGAAAAUAAAACAAUUAUAACUGUAAGAAACAGUUAUUUGUCAUUGCAGAGUUUAGUUAAAACCGUUUGUAUGUAAUUGAAAUGAAUAUUUUAAAUAAAAAGUUUGUUCACUUGGUUGAAAACCCUUUUGUAGUAAAUAUAGACGAUAUAUAUAUUGAACAAACCCCUUGUAUUUGCGAAACGCAAUCUCAUGAUGAUUUUAGUGAAUGUGCGGGGUCCUCUCACAACACGCGCGCUCCGCCGACAGUUGCUAGAGUGAGACGGAUAUAUUUUUGUACGGAGCAUGUCAGGAGAACGUCAUGGCUGUCAGUCGCGUACCAAGUCAGGGCCGGGAUUCGAUCCCGACCGGAACAAGAGUUGAAAACAAUGUUGUGUCUUUGAGAGUUUUAUUGUUAAAAUUGGAAUACAAAAUGAAAAUCAUUAUUUAAUAAAUGUAUAUAUAUUUGGAAAUA